AUGCAUUGGACUGUAUUUUUACUUAGGGGUAUUGCGGGCUUCCUCUGGAGCAGCUGGGUUCAAGUGGGUUAUGCCAAAGGCGGCUUGGGAGACAAUCAUGUUCACUCCAGCUUUAUUUAUAGAAGACUACGGAACCACGAAAGACGGGAAAUACAGAGGGAAAUUCUCUCUAUUCUGGGUUUGCCUCACAGACCCAGGCCCUUUUCACCGGGGAAGCAAGCGUCUUCUGCACCCCUCUUUAUGCUGGAUCUGUACAACGCCAUGGCCAGUGAAGAAAACCCUGAGGAGUCAGAAUACUUAGUGAGGGUAUCCCUGGCUGGAGAGGCUAAAGAGACAAGAAAGGGAUACCCAGCCUCUCCCAAUGGGUAUGCUCAUCGUCUGCACUUACCUCCAAGGAUUCCUCUGACUACCCAGAGCCCACCUCUUGCCAGUCUACACGAUACCAACUUUCUGAAUGAUGCUGACAUGGUCAUGAGUUUUGUCAACUUAGUUGAAAGAGACAAAGACUUUUCUCAUCAGAGAAGGCAUUACAAAGAAUUUCGGUUUGAUCUGACCCAAAUUCCACAUGGAGAAGCAGUGACGGCAGCUGAAUUCCGGAUUUAUAAGGACAAAAGCAACCAUCGGUUUGAAAAUGAAACAAUUAAGAUUAGCAUAUAUCAGAUCAUCAAGGAAUACACAAAUAGGGAUGCAGAUCUUUUUCUGCUAGAUACAAGGAAGGCACAAGCUUUAGAUGUGGGUUGGCUUGUCUUUGAUAUCACUGUGACCAGCAAUCAUUGGGUGAUUAAUCCACAGAACAAUUUGGGCUUACAGCUCUGCGCAGAGACGGGGGAUGGACGCAGCAUCAAUGUAAAAUCUGCCGGUCUCGUGGGAAGACACGGGCCUCAGUCAAAGCAGCCGUUCAUGGUGGCCUUCUUCAAGGCAAGUGAGGUUCUUCUUCGAUCUGUGAGAGCAGCCAGCAAACGGAAAAACCAAAACCGCAAUAAAUCCAGCUCUCAUCAGGACCCCUCCAGGAUUCCCAGUGCUGGAGAUUAUAAUACCAGUGAACAGAAACAAGCUUGCAAGAAGCACGAGCUCUAUGUGAGUUUCCGUGAUCUGGGAUGGCAGGACUGGAUCAUAGCACCAGAAGGAUAUGCAGCAUUUUAUUGCGAUGGAGAAUGUUCUUUUCCACUUAACGCCCACAUGAAUGCCACUAACCAUGCCAUAGUCCAGACUCUGGUACACCUGAUGUUUCCUGACCAUGUUCCCAAGCCCUGUUGUGCUCCAACCAAACUAAAUGCCAUCUCGGUCCUGUACUUUGAUGACAGCUCCAAUGUAAUUUUGAAAAAGUACAGAAAUAUGGUAGUCCGUUCAUGUGGCUGCCACUAG